CUCCGCGAGGGGCGGGAGUCAGUAUAUAAGCCGGGGAGGCGGUAGUAAGAUGUCCGAGUGACAGCCGGCUGUCAGCCCCGCCAGCCAGGACGUGCAGUGUUUGACACGUGAGUCUCCUGACGCGGCAGAGAGGAGCUCCGUCAUGGCCCUCGAGCUGGAGCGUCAGCAGCAGGGCGCCCCCGCCCCUGCUCCGGCAACCCCAGCGCCUUCCAGCCCGGCCCUGCCGCCUACGCCUCCCUCGCACGACGCCCGCAGCCCUCCCUCGCCCACACAUGAAGCUCGCAGCCCGCCCCUGCCCUCGCCGCGCUCCCCGCUGGAGUCUAAGCUGCCCCUGUCCCCGCCGCCCUUCGCUGCAAGCCCACGCGCGCUUCCCUUCAGCAUCGAAAACAUCCUGCGGCCAGACUUCGGCGUCACCCGUCUGCCGGAGCGAUCCAGCGUCCGCACGCCCGAGCUGCUGCUGCGCACGCCGCCCAAGACCCCAGAGGCGCCCGUGGACCUCAGUCAAAAACCGACGGCGGCCGCGGCGCACAAAGUGGGCGGCAACAAAUACCCCGAGAACCCCGAGGCGCUGGCCAACCCCCGCGUGCCCACCGAGGACGGCAACAACUGGCCGGCCUGGGUGUACUGCACACGCUACUCCGACAGACCCUCCUCAGGUCCUCGCUCCAGACGAAUCAAGCGGCGUGACAGGAACCCGGAGGAGAAGCGACCGCGCACCGCCUUCACUUCAGAGCAGCUGGCGAGACUCAAGAAGGAGUUUGAGGAGAAUAAAUACCUGACGGAGAAGCGCCGGCAGGACCUCGCGCGGGACUUGGGUCUGAACGAAUCGCAGAUCAAGAUUUGGUUCCAGAAUAAGCGAGCCAAGAUCAAGAAAGCGAAUGGACAAAAGAGUGGCCUUGCUAUCCACCUAAUGGCGCAGGGUCUCUACAACCACUCCACUAUUCCCGUGGAUGAGGAAGACUCGUACGCGUGCUAAGGUGGACGAGAUGCGCCUCCACCUCAUCCACCUCCUUCAAACUCCUAAACUCUUACCAAAUAUCGCACCAAGUGACCAAAAAGUCGUACCACGCCGUACCCUAUUCAUUCAGUCACGCCACUCAAGAAAAGACCAGGAUUUUCUUCGUUCGUGUUUUUCAUGUUGCGUUCCUCCUCCUCCUCCUCUUUCUCCUCUUCGUUCAGUCUGUUACGUUCACUUUUUUCUCUCUUAUAACGUGCCACUCCACUUCUCCUGAUCCCAUUCAUGCACAUGUGACCUUCUACCGUCACUUCACUUGUCAUUCACGUCACUUCAUUGCCUCCUCGUUUCAAUGGCCUCGUGCGGUUAAGGAGGGAGAGUCCUUUGAUGCUACACGUUCUCUCACUUCACUCUCUCACUCUCCCUUUCCCUCCCCUCCCUCACUCCCCCUCGGCCCCCCUUUCUGUGUCGGGGCGUGUCUUCGUCUCGUCUCUCAGCCUCCGAUUAGCCUGGGCAGAGAUAGCGUAAGAUGACACAUAACAUAACCGCCAGCGCGCGGGACCCUCAUCCUGACUGACGGAGGGCGGUACUUCAAGAGACAUCUACGCCUCACCCGCCUUCCCCCCCGCCCGUCACAUUUCACACCCGCGCCUCCCACUCACCCCAAGUCACCCCAGGCACUCACACUCCCACCCCCCGCCUCUGGUAACUCCAUACCUCGCUUCAUAUGCUCACUCAGUUACCUCGUCCGGUUCAAUUUGCCGAUACGCAGCUUACAUCAACUCCCCAUUUCACGUUUUCUGUUGUCCUUGACCUUCGCGCUCCUGCCCACACAUACCAGCAUUCCUCUUUGUACUAUUACCUUUGCCACAUGAUCUCUCCUCUCCUUCCUACCUUCCUUCAUCUGUAUAAUCGUGUUUUUGCUUCUCAUUUAUAUUUUUCUCGUUUUUUGUUUCUUGUCUCCUUCCUCUCAUCAUUAAUCCUUCUUCUCUCUCCUUUUCUUCGUCUUGCCUUUUGUCUUCUAGUCUCACCUUUCGUUUCAUCUUUCUUAACUUCCCUUCGUUCUCUUCCUAUUCCUUUCCGAUUCACAUCCUCUUCGAACUUCCCAAAAUACCUCACUCUCUCCUUCCUCCUCGUACUCUCUCCCCAAAUAACUCCCAUCCCUCUCCCCUUCACAUCCUCCUCGUACUCUCCCUCAAUAACCAACCAAGGACAACCACACAUAGGGAGAAUUAGGCAAAAAUGCUAAUCCGGGAACGCUGGAUUGCAUUCGUGAUACAUAAACGGCAGCGAAUUCUCCUGCACGCUCACCCACAACAUUCCAUGCUCACCGAAACAUUCUCUCGUGUCAGUUCUCCCUCCCCUCUCCCUCUGUCUCCCUUUCUCCCUCCCGUCACCGCCGUCAUCACUCAGGAGGCGGUAGUGGUGGUGAACAAGGCCGGGACAAGCUCUGGGUGCACUAAUAUAAGCUACAAGUGAUGAUAAUGUUGGUGAUUUUUUUUUUGUUUUUGUCUACGAAGCGUCAAUGUAGAGUAGAGAAGUUUUAGAUAGACUCAUUAAUCAACGUUAUUUUUAUUCAGUCGUUAGUGUGAAAGAGCAAGUGAUAUCCAUGAUUUGAUCCCACGUUAUCCUCCUCCUCUUCCUGAUCUCUUCUUCCUCUUCCUCCUCCUCCUCCUCCCGUGGCCAACAAUCUUCUUGCCCAAAGUACAAAUUAGCCCUUAAUUUUUACCUCAGUCAAUCCGUUACGUUUCCGAGAGACACGACGCGGCGCAGUUGGGUAGUUCGCAGUUCACCGCCCGGCUCGUGUCUCGUGUGCUGUACAUAGUGUAUAUUACGGAUCUAUAGUAUUCAUACGAUGUAUAUAAAUAUCAUGUUUUAAAUUAUUUAUAUGUCUGUGUCGUCCAAUAAAUAAUGACUUUUUCUUUAAA